CGCGCGUGUUGCGCAGCCUGCCUUCCUUGCCUCUAUUUUGACUUGACCUCAAUCCGCUCCUUUGUGUUUCCUGUGCGCCCGCAUUUUUAUCUUUCCCCCCAUUUGCGCGUGGUUUUCCUUCCCCUCAAGUUCACACCCAUGACCUCCUAUGCUUAGCUGUUGCGCCACAGCUCCAGCCUUCCCGCCGUCGGCUGUCUCGUCGCCACGACCUCACGAAAGCCCUCCUCUGCGAGCUUUGCUGGCCGGCGCCGGUUGCCCGGAUUAAUUAUGGGCGACCUCAAAUCGAGGCUCAAUAAUGCACGAACCAAGCUGCUUCGGAGAGGCAGCGCUGCCUCUGCACGCUCUAUCGCCUCGUCGGUCGGCAGCACCGAAGGCCCGCGGAAAGGCAGCCUGCAUAGAAGCGUCUCUUUGACAAAGCUGCCAGAGGUGUCGACGGCCGAUGUGGCCGCAGACAACUCGGAGCAGCUAUCACAGUCGGCUGUUUUGCCAGAGACCGGUGAUCUGUUUGGAACGGCCGCUGCCGACAAUCGUGCCGAAAGCUCGACCUCAAGGGAUCGACAUUCACAGAAAAACAACACCGACGUGCCAACUGCGUGUCCCACAGUCACGCUUGAAGAGCCUUCUCCAAUCCCUCUCCUCACCCAGCCCGUGCUACCUCAGGCCGUCGAGACUCCCAUUGAGACUGAAGAUCCCUCUGAACUCCCUCUUCUCUCCGCGACACGCCCCAGCUCGAGGCCGGCACCACCAGGCGUGAUCCGACGCCAAUCGCUCGUCACGAACUCGAAUGCGCGCAUAAUAAGAACCCUCCUCGAACCUGAUCUACCCCCCUUUGCUGCGGCUGGGGUCGACGUUGGCCCUCCUCCUGCCUCGGACUACUUCUCCAGCUCGGCUGGCUUGGCAGGCAUGUUGCAUCGGAAGAUUUGGGUCAAGAGGCCGAAUUCCUCCGCGACAUUGGUGCAGAUACGCGAGGAUGACUUGGUCGAUGAUGUGCGGGACACGAUAUUGAAGAAAUACGCGAAUUCAUUGGGCAAGAACUUCGACCCACCAGACGUCACGUUGCGGAUGUGUCCAAGAGACAGCACGGCGAAGUCCGGCGAUAGGAUACUCGGCCCAGAAGAGGAGAUGUGUAGGACGCUAGAUGCGUACUAUCCCGGGGGUCAGACAAUAAAUGAAGCUCUGAUCAUCGACGUCCCUCAACGGAGGACGCCCAAGCCUUCGCCGCGUGUGCCACUAUACUACUCUCAUCAUGAUGACUCGAGGCCCUUCGAGAACUCGUCAGAAUACUUUCCGCCGAUGCCCAUCGUCAACCCGUCGCCAGCUACUAUAAUGACAAGCUCCCACGAGAGCAGAGGCUCGCUCCCGCAUGCUCCCCACUCGAUCGCCGUUCUUCAAACAGGACAAUUGCCUCCAUUGCCUUCUCCAGGCAGCACGAGGAGGCUGCAUCACGGCCGACCGAAGUAUCCACGCCAUAACACUGCCUCUCCGACCACGUUAACAGGUGUCCCUAGCUCCGUCAAUGCCGUACGUCCUGCCAAUCGCCCACGCCACGACUCCUCCGCCUCCGAAACAAAGCAUUCCACCACCUCGGGAAACGCUCCCAUAGCUACUCCCCCCGCCCCAACCGAGCAGGCUGUACGGCAAAACUCUACUUCUCCUAUCCCUCGCGUCGCGUCCCCCCGGCCAGACAAGAAGCGGAGGAAACCCAAGGCAGUUGAGCCACCCACUCUCCCCGCUGGCUUGCUCGAUGGAUCGGUGCCACCAAUCAAUGUGUUGAUUGUGGAAGAUAACAUCAUCAAUCUGCGAGUUCUGGGAGCUUUCAUGCAGCGCCUAAAAGUUCGCUGGCAAAGGGCUAUGAAUGGAAAGGAGGCUGUCACUAAAUGGCGGGCGGGCGGAUUCCAUUUAGUGCUCAUGGACAUUCAAUUGCCUAUAAUGAAUGGGCUAGAAGCGACAAAAGAAAUAAGGCGGUUAGAGCGGGUGAACAGUAUCGGGGUGUUCAGCAGCGGAAGCAGUGAGACACCGAACAGCAAGCUGGGAGAUGACGGAAAGAACGAAAAUGUGCAGGGCGAGGACAAGCUGGGUGACAAGAAUCUCUUUAAGAGUCCGGUGAUCAUUGUGGCGCUCACGGCUAGCUCGCUACAGAGUGACAGGCACGAGGCUUUGGCCGCAGGAUGCAAUGAUUUCCUAACAAAGCCUGUCAACUUUGUUUGGCUCGAGCGAAAGGUCAAGGAAUGGGGUUGUAUGCAAGCUCUCAUCGACUUCGACGGCUGGCGUAAAUGGAAAGACUUUGCCGCGCCAUCAGACACCACCGAAGGCACUUCCAAGAUCUCCACCAGCUACUCCGCCAUUGCACCCAGAGCAAGAACUAAUGCGACUCUUAGCCCAACAGCCGCUGCGAACUCAAUGAAUGGCAAGUCCGGCCCCACUGCGGCAAAUGGUAUCAUCUCCACGCCCAAGACGAGGGAUGAGGAAAAGAAGAAUAAGAGGAAGAGUACAGGAGUUGUACCACCGCCGUUGGUUGAGGAGGAGGGGAACUCUCCAACGCCGCCGGAAGCAGAUAGCUCGGCGAGCUAGUGCUUAGGCUGCGGCUAGGAUCGUACUUUUUUCUGCGGCCUGUUGUUAGGUGAUUAAGAUUUGGUAAAAGAUUCGUUUGGCUUUGCACAGGAGAAAAUCCAUCGUAGGUUGUAAACUGUUCACGCGCGGCAUACAUUGGUCUAUGGCUUCAACUGGGACUAUUCUUAUAUAGCAUCACAUCUCAUAUGGUGUUUCGCUAGCGUUUCCUGGCGUUUGGAUCCGGGAUUUCUGGCCACCAGCCGUGCUUUGGGCUGGUGAUUGCUCAUUGCAGGUCCAUUGGGCAGGUGGGUAUUGUUUCUGACGACGGCUCCAAGAAAGGAGGUUCAAACGUACACGAUUACGACAUGGGAUAUGUCUAUAUGUUUCUUAUACCGUAUGGCUGUGGAGAGGGAUGAGGGGGUUGGGAUGGAUAGUGCAUCCUGUGGGGCAUAUCUUUGAUAAUGGUAAUCUAGAAUGCAGACUCGUUGCAGA